GGUUGUCCGGAAGUGAUGAUUGAUUGUCUCUGUCGGCCGUGCGUCAUCAUAUAUGAAGGAAACAAAAGUAAAUACCGAGCAACAUAUUUGGAAAGUAAACAGUUUGAAGUAUCUUCUUCAUCUGCUGCUGCUUGUAGUGAAGAAGAAGAGAUGGGGCUGGAGAAUUUCAUGAAAAAUGGGGUGCCCUUCAUUGUAAUGAUAAUAGUAGAGAGCGGGGAAGUAGGGAUGAUAACAUUGGGCAAAGCAGCCAUGGAUAAUGGAAUGAGCAAUCUUGUUUAUGUUGUUUAUUACAAUUCCCUAGGCACCCUCCUCCUCUUUCCCUUCUUUAUCUUCCGCUUCUUCAGAAGUGACAGGCCUCCUCUCACUCUCAAUCUUAUUUUCAGAUUCUUUCUUCUUGGUCUGAUUGGGAUAUGUUUUCUGCAGAUUUUUGCAUAUGCAGGUAUUGGUUACAGCUCCCCCACUCUAGCUACUGCUAUGGGUAAUCUCAUACCAGGUUUUACUUUCUUGCUGGCUGUCAUUUUCAGAAUGGAGACUUUGGAUGUGAGAAGACUAACCAGUCAAGCAAAAGUGUUGGGAACCAUUAUAGCAAUAUCGGGUGCAUUUGUGAUGACACUCUACAAAGGCCGGUUGAUACAGCUGUUUUCAUCUGCUUCUAAUCUCCCUUACAUUCAGCUUAUGUCACAACAAUCAAAUUGGAUUCUUGGAGGAAUAUGUCUUGCAAUCACUUGCAUUUGUUCUUCAAUGUGGAACAUUCUUCAGACAGCAACUGUUAAGGAAUACCCCGACGAACAAACAAUAGUCUUUUUCUUUUGCUUUUUCGGAACCAUCCAGAGUGCAAUAUAUUCCCUCCUUGUCGAAAGAGAUCCUGAAGCUUGGGCGCUGCGUCCAGACAUAAGCAUGAUAGCCAUUAUAUUUGCAGCGGUAUUUGGGAGUGUGUUUCGGACAACCGUUUUCACAUGGUGUCUACGCAAGAAGGGUCCAGUUUAUGUAUCAAUGUUCAAGCCUUUAGGAAUGGUCAUUGCAGUGAUUCUGGGAACAAUUUUCCUAGGUGAUGAACUUUAUUUAGGCAGCAUUAUAGGGGGGAGUAUAAUUGCAGUAGGAUUUUAUACGGUGAUGUGGGGACAAGCUAAAGAGAAAUACAUGGCAGUGGCAGUGGAUGAUUUCUGUGCACUGGAAUCAACACCACCUCGGAACCAUCUUUUACAAAAAUAAGUUACUUGGGAAACACCUUAAUGCUACCUAUGCAUAAUUGUUACUUGAAUUUAUAAUUGUGUAGGCACAAAGAAUGUCUAACUUUUGCGUAAUAUAAUAGCCUUUUAUGCUGAUUGCUGCCAGUAAUUGAGUAAUCUUGCUACA